AUGGACAUCAAGAACGACUGUCGAGCAAGUCAUCUGAAACUGAACUCCAAGGAAGCUGAUUAUCUUCGAAAAGUCAAGGUUUUCAUCGUGGACGAGACCAGCAUGAUUGCGAAGAAUGCGCUCGAGACAGUGGACAAAGUACCCCGAGAUGUCAUGGAAAACGAUAUUCCAUUCGGAGGAAAAGUCAUCAUCCUGGGAGGAGACUUCAGACAAGUCCUCCCUGUCAUCAGAAGAGGCACACGGAAAAAUCAAGUCGACGGAUGUAUCAAGAUGAGCUGUCUUUGGCAACAUUUUGAAACACUCUACCUCAAGUCCAACAUGCUAGUCGCGGGCGGGGAUUUGGGUUGGAUUGAAUUUCUUCUGAAGGUUGGUGAUGGAUCUGCUAAUGACGAAGCUGAUCGUAUCAAGUUGGAGAUGAUGACUUUUCCUCCGAAUGGAAUAUCGUUCCAUGAGAUCUCGGAGUACUUUGUCCAUUGUCUCGAGCGCAUUCUUCGCAAUCAUGCUGGCCUCGUCCACUAUGAAAACCUUGACUUUUAA